AUGCCAGCGCCCCUGGGCUUCCUUGGUCUGGUCCUGUUCUGGGUGCUGGCGCCAGCGACUUCAGAGAAAAUGCCAGACUCGUUGGUGGGGCAGGCGGCCUCCUGCAUGACUUCCUGCACAGGGUCAGCUGAUCCUCACCUUCCUGUGGGCACCAGAUACAUCUAUCACUUUUCCACUAACACCAGCACCAGCCUGCAGGGGGCCCAGGUGGAGGGGAGUGGCCUUGGUCUGCAAGGCUUGGUCACCCUCGAUGUGCUUGGCCCUUGUCAGAUGGCCUUACAGCUCCAGCACUUCCAGCUGACAUCCAUCCUGGGGUCCAAGGUGGAAGUUCUGAAGGAGUCAGAGAGUUUGAGCGCUGUCCUGGGCCGCGAGCCGCUGCGCUUCGUCCUGCAAGCGGGGCGCGUAGUCCGCCUGUGCCCCCGCCCCGCGGAGCCGCGCUGGGCGCUGAACGUGAAGCGGGCGGUGCUGAGCCUCUUGCAGGGUCAUCCGGGUGCCCGCGACCCCCAGACUGUGGAGGAGGUGGACAUACUGGGCAGGUGUCCCACCACGUACCAGCAAUUCGGAACCAGGCUGCACAAGACCAAGGAGCUGACGCGGUGCUCCCUGCGCAGGGCGCGCACCUCCCUGCGCUCGCAGGCCCUGCCCGCCGCCGAGGAGCCCGGCCUGGCCUCCCGCCUGACCUGCAUCCAGAGUCUGCAGGCUGGCGUGCUGCGGGAGGCCUCCUGCACGCAGCUGGACACCGCGGGGCCCCUCUCCAGGGAAGCAAAUGCUGCGCUGAUGUGGACCCUUUCCUCACUCUCCCUGCUGCGGGAGGUACCCCAGGACCCGGCUGUCACAGAACCUCCCACCUCAGAUUCAGACGGUGGAGACUUAACCCCGAGCAGCUUGCUUUAUGAAUGGGAGGAGACCCCGUCCCAAGCUACGGUGGCCACAGGGGCUGCAUCAGUGAGGAAGCUGUGCCUGGCUCAGGCCACGAGCUUUGAGGCCACGGAACUGUUCCUGACACUGGUGACUGAGCUCCGAGGCCUCUCUGCGGAUGAGCUCAUGGAACUCUGGGGACUUUCUUUUAAAUGCCGAGACAACUGGCAGCCGCUGGUGGAUGCCCUGCCCUCCUGUGGCACCGAGGCCUGCGUGGGCCUCAUGGCAGAGCUCAUCGUGUCCGGGGAGGUGGAGGCAGACGAGACAGAGGCGUGGCUCUGGUCGCUGGCCUUCGUCCCCGAGCCCACUGAUGCUAUGGUCCGCGCGCUGCUGCCUCUGCUGCAGACCCCGGGGGCCAGCUCCAGUGCCUUCCUGGGCAUCUCGGCUCUGGUGCACAACCUGUGUGUGUCUCUGGACGGGCCCUGUGAGCAACUGCCUGGCAUUGGCUCCCUCGUGAGGAUCCUGGGAGAUGCCGUGGGUGCCAACUGCACCUUCCAGGAGCCCUCAGACGCUGAUCAGCUCCUGUUCGUGCUGAAGGCCAUUGGCAAUGCUGGCCGGGCGGCCACAGCUCUCACCCCCAAGCUGAGCAUUUGUGCCUCCCUGGGGAGCUGCCCCCCUGAGAUCCGGCUGGAGGCCAUCCAAGCCUUCCGGAGGGUUCCCUGCUCUGCAGACCGGUCCGUGCUCUACAACCUGUACCAAAAUGCCGGGGAGGAUUCUGAGAUCCGCAUCAAUGCCUACCUGGCCCUGAUGAGGUGCCCGGGAAAGGAGGUAUUUGCCCAGGUGCGGCGUACCCAGGCAGGAGAGCAGUCCACCCAGGUGGGCUCCUUUGUGUGGAGUCACCUCCUGCAGCUAUUGGAGACGGACGACCCCUUGAAACAGACCCUACGGGAGGCCAUCCCUGAAGAUAUUGUCAGCCGGGAGUUCCAUCCAGAGAUGUGGAAACACUCGUCCUACUCUGACGUCACCUUCCGCUCAGCAUCAGGCAGCCUGGGAGCCAACCUGGAGGGGACCCUUCUCUUCUCCCCAGCCUCCUUCCUCCCCCGUUCUGCCACAGCCAACCUGACCAUCCAUGCUUUUGGUCAUGCCUUCAACGUUCUGGAGCUGGGACUCCGACUGGAAAAUGCCGAGGAAAUGGCCCGCAGGCUGUUUGGCCCGAAGUCAUUCUGGGGGCAGGAGGGGGAGAGACAAGCCCGGGCAGAGAAGCCCCCAGAGACAGAGCCAGGGCCCGCACCGCAGCUGGCUGACCCCGCUUGUCCAGGAGAAAGGUCCAGAAAGAUGAGAGACUUGCAGCAGAGGGUGGCCCGGAGGCGCAGGGAGAGGCAGGCGCUGAAGUGUCAGCUGAGCAUGAAGGUGUUCGGGCAUGAGCUGAGCUUUGUGAACUGUGGGGCGAUGGGGAGCCACGUGACGCACCAGUCCCUGAACCUGGCUGAGCUUGCCAUCAAGCUCCUGAAGGGCCAGGAGGUGCAGGUGAACCGGAGGCUGAACCUAGCGAUGGAGGAGCUCACCUUUCCCACCAUGUCUGGCCUCCCAGCCCGCUUGACCCUCAAUGUCUCGGCGGCCAUCAGCAUCCGGGUCCGAGGGACAGCCGACUUCCAGAGGCACUCAGAUUUCUCUGUGAAUGGUUAUGUCAAGCCCAGCGCCCUGCUCCACAUCUCAGCGCAGAUGGGCACAGUGGGUGCCCUGGGGCAGGCCGGGCUGAGGUGGGUGACUGGUGUCCGCGGCACCGCCAGCCUGGAUGGUGGGAUCCGGGCGAGGAAGGGCCAAGACCUCAGGGUGCAUCUAAACACACCGGAGGAGGUUGUGGAGCUGCUCCGCUUCAGCUCUCAGCUGUAUCUCGUCACUGGGGAUGGCGUGAGGAGCCUCAGUCACGUUCCCAGCCCUUCCGAGGCCCAGUCCUGUACCAGCAAGGAAGCAUCCCACACCUGGGGCUGGCAGCUCUGCACUGAGAUGUGCUGGCCGGCGCCCGACCAGCCCUACCUGCUCUGGGUGCCUGUGUUAGCAGCUGUGACCCUGAAGAAGCAGGACCGGGGGCUCCAACAGUAUCUGCUGGAGGCUGCCUACACCCUCCACCCCCAGAAGGACUGCUGGCUCCCUCAGGAAGCCUCAGCUCACAUCUUCAUGGGCACGCCCGGAUCCAAAGUGCCCAGGGACGUCGGGGUGGACGUCAGCUACAGCUGGCCUCAGGGGAAGUUCCGUCUCAAGCUUCUCCAUCCCAAGAAGAGAAUUGAGCUGGAUGGAAAGAUCGAGACUGUCCAGAGGGCCCGCAUGGGUCACCUGGAAUUGAUCCUGGAUGAAAGGGACGUCUACUACAUCAAGGGCCGGAGCAACCUGUGGCCAGCAGUGGGCGGCGAGGCCCAGCGGUUUGAGGCCCAGCUGGAGGCGAGACUGGUGACAUCGGGCAGCCCUGUGGUCCUCGCCGGAAACCUCAGCCGGCAGGCGGGCAGCCGGCUUGCCUUCUCCGUGUCACUGAGCAACCUGCUGGGUGAUGAGGCCCACGUGUCAGCACUGCUGGAGAAGGAGGUGAAGGACGGGCUGCAGGUGGUGUCCCUGGAUGUUGAGCUCUUCGUUCCGGAGCUCGUGGGGCUGCGUGCCCUGGGCCAGCUGCAGCGGCGGGGCCACCUCUGGACCAGCUACCUGAGGAUCAAGUACGGCCUCCGGGGUCAGGCAAAGCAGCUGGCCCAGGAGUGCAGCACCAGCCAGAAGCUAUGGGCAGAGGGCAGCUCGGAGGCCGCCUACAAGCUGGAGCUGAACCACAAGCUCCACUGCACGCAGAUCCCAGCGUUCAGUCACAAGGUCCAGCUGCGGCAUGAGGAGGUCUCGGGCCACCUGCACUGGGAGCUGGAGGCGAGCUAUGGGAAGCACUGGGAUGACAUCCGCAACAGGAGGCGCCUCCGCAUCCUCCAGACCUUCCAGAAUGACUCGGGCCCAGCCCUGAGCAAUCACUUCCUGGAGUUUGUGCUGCAGGUGCCGGAGAAGCAGGUGGAUUACCGAAUGCACCUGCAUCACCUGAGCCUCCGCCACCCCCACGUGGAGACCAGCGCACACCUGAAGGUGCAGUACAACGGGCGGCUGCCCUUCGUGGCGGGCCUGCAGUGGAAGGACACGUCCCGGGCCGCCCUGUGGAGGUGGGAAGGAGCCUUGAACCUGAAUAGUCCCUGGCUGAUGGUCUCCACGGCUCACAGGCUGUAUUGGCCUAACCGAGCCACGUUCCAGGCUGUGUUGGAGCUGACGCUGGGCAAGGCCUGGACCCUCAAGAAUUUGGUGAUAAACGUGGCCUGCAGGGGCCAGGGCCUCCAGAGGCAUGGCAAGAUCCGCGUUUACACGCCAGCAACCACCUACCUCCGGGUUUCCACGGUGACAGCCUUGGCACAGAGCCUCUUUAGCAGCCGGAGUGAAAUAGAAUCAGCCUGGAGCGCAGCGGUGCAGAGCGAGAUUCAUGCUGAGAACAGCCGGGACCGUAAGAUCCUGCGCUGCUGGUUGAAGGGCCCCCAGCGGGAGCUGAACCUAACGGCCGCCUACAGGCACACGGAGCAGCCACGGAAGAGUCAUGUAUCGCUGACGGCUCUGGGGACCAGUGCCAGGGGCCAUCCCGAGGGCCUGCAGCUGGAGGGCAUACUGGAAGAGCUGGUUCGAGACAGGAGCUUGUACUGGAAGCAGGGGACCUUCUCCCUUCGGCACCCCUGGACCGUGCCCUUCCUCCCGCAGCACAUUCUCCUGCAGGAGACCUUCACGGCCGACCGGCAGCACCAGCGUUACUCCCUGGAGACCAGGGUGGUCCUGGAUGCCCAGGAGGAGACCCUGCAGACCGUGAUCCUGGGCUACCAGGCCGGGCACCCCUAUGUCUGCGCGGGCCUGACCCACCCGUACGACGACAGGGUCAUCCCCAGGAGCUUGGACGGGUGCGUGGUUUCGUGGAAUCAGUACCUGGCUAAGAACAGAGGUGUCGAGGCCACUCUGAGAGUCAGCCAGAAAGUCCUGCUGCACUUGAAGGCUUUGCACCACAACAGAUCUCGGCACGGUGAAGUCUGGCAUAACCUGGCCCUGGACGUGACUCACUCCUUCCAGCUGAGGUUUCCCCAAGCCCUGAAUGUGGACGGGGACAUUGUCUUCAGACAGAGGCACGAGGGAGCAUUUGACUGUGGUCUGGAUGCCCGAGCUACCGUCAACCACAACGUCACGUCCCAGGUCUUGGUCCAGCUGAACGGAUCUGACUCCCACUCGGUGGUUUCCUUCCAGCUCAGACGUCCCCGUGGACCCACGUUUCCUCCAAACUUACAGGUGCAGGCAGCUGUCCGGCGUUACAGAGAGCGCAGCCUCGACGGCUCCCUGUCUGUGCACGUGUCUGGUGAGGAGCUGAUUCUGCUGGAAGCCAGUGCGAGCCAGGACAGCCGGAGGAACACCCGGGGCUGGGGUGUGAACGUCCUCCUACACCAGGAGGUCCUCAGAGCCCCCAGGGCUGUUCAGCUGCAGCUCUCCAGCAAGAUCGCCCCAGCCAGGAUCUGGCUGUUUUCCAAAGCCCUGCUAGACCAGAACACAGUGCAGCUCUUCCUCAAGGCCUCCGAGGAGCGGAGGGGAGGCCGGGUCCUGACUCUGCGGAGCCAAGCCCAGCACACAGUGGCCGCCUGGGCAGCCCUGCCCCGUCUUCUGACCCUCGUGGGGGUGCUGAAGCAGAAGGAGGUGCUCAGAGAGGGUACCAUCAAGGUCACUGCAGACUCAGCCAUGCUGGGGCUGCUCUUGCGGGACAAGCAUGAGAGGGCAGGGAACAGCACCAGCGUGCACAGUGUGACCUGCAUCCUUGCCCAGAACAGCAGCCAGGCCUUGCCAGGAGAGCUCCAGUUGAGGGGGCGGCUGCAGGCCCAGACGGGGAGCCUCGGGGGCCAGGCCAGCCUCCGUGCAGACUCGGCCAUCCUGGCUCUGGGCGGGGUCUGCACCUGGGGCCCCGGGCACGGCCAGCUCUCUGGCAGCCUGAGUCAGAACAUCAGCGCUUUGAGUGAGGCAGGGCUCUCCUCCGAGGCCGGGAUGCUCCUGUCACACACCCACGUGGCUUCCAAUUUCUCAGUGCGGGCGAUGCUGCGAAGUUCCGGGGGUCAGCUGGAUGCGGCCCUUGGCCUGGAGGGCGUGGCCACCAGCACAUCAGGCAGCCAGCUCCGCGCCAGCCUCCGCCACACGGUGCCCGGCCUCGGGCGCUGGGGCCUCCCCUUCUCCAUGGAUGGCCGUGGACACUUGCAGGUCAACUGCAGAGGAGGAACCAGCCCCACGAAGCUCAUUGGACAGUGCAGGGGUGGCCCUUCAGGUCAGCCUUGGCGAGUCUCCGCGGACGUUGACAGCAGCCGCACUGGCUUUGAGAAUUCAGGACGCAUCUCUGCAGGGUCCACGUCUCUGAACUACUCCGUGAGCUGCCGUCACCGCGAUGGGCGCCUGGAGUUCUCUGGUUGGAGCGAGCACGACAGCUGGGCCCUGCGGCAGGCGGGGUUCCCGGGAGAGGCCCGCCUUGGCGCUGAGCUGCAGAUGCAGAAGACCCAGACGCAGGCCUGUGUGGUCCUCCAAGGCAGGGACGGUGGGAUCAGCAUGGACGCGGCAGCCCUGGUGGCCCAGCCAGUGAAUGGCCCCCUGGAGCUGGUGGUGAAUGUCAGCCACACGGCACCUCUUCUCCGGAGGCUGGGCCUGCCCUUUGCCAGCCAGCUCAUGUUCCGGGAGCUCUGGGAAAAGGAAGAGAUGCAUGCUUCCCUGAAGCUGACGUGCGAUUCUCAAACCAGCCUGGUCCUCAACGUCCACGGCCACAACCAGGCACUCAGCAAAGAGCUGCGGCUCUCCGGCCGGCAUCACGUCCCUGUCCUCCUUGGCCGCUGCCCCAGCAGAGCCUCCGCCUCAGCGAAGCUACGAUACUCCGAGGGUGGAGCCAAGGGCACAUUUGUGUUGAUGGUGGAGGAGCAUCACUUCCACAUGGGCGCCGGGCUCACAGCUGCUAAGAACACCCUUACCAACAUCAUCAAGCUGGAGCAGACCUUCCCCCAGUUCCAUGCCCUUCCUGGGGAGCUGGUCCUUCAGACCUCAUAUGAGCGAGCCCGUGACACCCGAGUCCUGCAUCAUGUGGUGCUGUGGGACGGGCAGGGCCUGGCCCUCAAUGGGAGCCUCUCCGGGCCCUUCCUCAAGCCCACCGGGACCCGUGGUCUGCAGGUGGAGCUCACCCACCCGCUGCCCCUCCCCCUGCCACGGCACUGCCGCUUCCGCCUGACCUCCGAGCAUUCGACACGCCGUCACCAGGAUGACCUGGUCGUGGGCUGGGACGGCAAGGACCAGGUGGCGUUGUCCUCCUCUCUGCGGCUGGGGAAGGGCAAGCUGGCCGCCCACCUGGCCCUGGCUCACCCCUUCGGCCUCUCCUGGCGGCGGGCCGAGGCCAGCGGCCUUGCUGAGAGCAGGGGCGGCAGGCAGAGCUGGCAGGUACAGCUUGCCUGGAAUGGAGGGCAGCCACUGGCCUUGCAGCUCACCUGGGCCAACAGGUCCUCAGCGCAGAGCGCCUCCUGGGACGGCUGCAUGGCCGCCUACCCUGGGCAGCUCCAGGACACCUGGGGCCUGGGCACCCUCAGGGCCUGUGGGGCCUUAACGCAGACCCCAGCUGUGUUCAGCGAGUGGCUGGAUCUGUCCUGGGACGCACGCCGGGUACAGCAGAACCUGACAUAUGAGAGGCGCCAGCCAUCCCUCCCAGACAAGAUCCAUGCAGAGGCCAUGCUGGAGCGCAUCCUUGGGGCCCCCUGCCCCACGCAGAGCUUCCGGGGAGACGUGGAGACCGACCAUGCCCACUGGCUGCGCCACUCCCUGCAGCUGGGGCUCUGCCACCUGCCCAGGGCCCUCGCGGUCUCCGGGGAGCACACCCUGGGCAGCGGUGAGCUCCUGCUACACUCCAGAUGCCAGCUGGGCCUCGCCCCAGACCCAGAGCACGGCCUGCACCUCAGCCUGAUGCUCCGCAACCACAGCAGGCCCCGGACGCAUGACUACUCCGGGGAGCUGGAGCUCCGUGGCCCCAAAGCUCAGUGGCUUGGCCUCCUGGGCCGCAUCUCCACCUCGGCUUCUCGAAGCCUGGUCCAGAUGGAGGGAAGCGUGGCCGACGGGGAUGAGAAAGUGAGGCUGUCAGUGUCUCGGGCCCCAAACUGCCUCCAGGCCUCGGUGGCCCAUGAGGAAGGGAGCCAAGAGGAGAGCGUGCUGCUGCGGGCCUGUGCCCACAGGCGGGUGGCGGAAGUGGAGGCCCUGCUCCGGGACCGAGGGCAGCCCGCCCAGCCGCUGGUUCACCUGACCCUGCAGGCUGCCAGCCAGAGCCUCCGCCUGACCGCACGCGGCUGCCAGGGGACCCUGCUGGGCCACGUGGAGUCCAGGGUAGCUGCUCUCGGGUCCCAGGUGCAAGCCCGGCUGGAGGAGAGGAUCCACAGCUUGGACGCCUACGUGAGAAGGUUCCAGCGCCUGGUGCAGCCAGCGGGCGCCCUGGACGGCCUUGCUGACCCGCUUCUGCGGCUGUGCCAGGCGGGGCUGGGGGCCAUGCGGGAUGGCGGCCGGGCAGUGGCUGCGCUGUGGGGCCUGAGCCCAGCCGGGUGGGCGCUCACCCACCAAAUGCCACUCUCCCUGGAGAGGCUGCAGACGGGGCUGGAGCAGCUGCGGAAGGAGCUAGAACGGCCCCUGGCCACGCUGAAGGAUGCCUACCUGGAGGUGACGGUGCGGCCCCUGGACGACGUGUGGCGGGAGCGGGCGGAGGCAGCCCUGCAGCAGCUACAGGCCUGGGUGUCCGGGACGCCAGGCACCUGGGGGUCCGGGCCCCUCGGGGCAGCGCUGGAGGCCACAGGGGGUGCCCUGGAGCUGGCCGCCCACCAGAUGCUGUCUUGGGCUGACGCCGCGCUCUCACGGGCACUGAGGCAGCUCUGCAGACCCCUGUUGGACAUGUACAGCUUCUCGGCCAGGGACCGCUCGGUGGUGGUGACGCUGCCGAUGCUGCCGGCAGGGGACGAGCCCCUGGAUGUGGCCCGCGUGACCAGCCACCUGGUGGAAGAGCUGCUGCUGCGGCCACUCAGAGCGCUCUACAGGACCAGCGUGCUGGCCGAGUACCACCGGCUCAAACGCGGCCUGCUGGGGGCCCCCUCUGGAUACCACGCCGUGGUGGCUGGGGCCAGGUACGUGGUGACCUUUGACGGCCGGGUGUGGGGCAUUGGUGACCACUGUGGCAGCCUGCUGCUGGCCCAGGACUUUGCUCACGACACCUUCUCGCUGACGCUAAACCGGGCGGGCUCGGGGCUCACCUCGCUGACCAUGGGGCUGGACCACACCAUCCUUGCCCUGUACCCCAGCCUGAAGACCUACAGACUGUACAGCAACUCCCUGCCCGGGGAGAGCUGUCUGGAUGGGGACCUGCCUCCCGCCAAGACUGGGAGGGACGACCCGAGGAUUGAGCUGACCAGUGAGGACGGCGUCUCCAUCACCUGUGACGUCCGUGCCGGCCUCUGCGGCCUGACUCUCAGCGUCUGGCAGCAUGGCCUGUCCGCCGGCCUUCUGGGCACCAAUGACAACGAGGCCAGCAAUGAGAUGAUGCUGCCGGACAGCACGCUGGCCAGCAGCCUGGAGGAGUUCACCCAGGCCUGGCAGCUGGCUGGUGACUGCAGAGCCGUGGAGAAAACUCAGCCGGUGUGCCCGGAACAGAGCCCCAUCUGCCGGGCCACCUUCCACGAUCCCCACUCCAGCCUGGCGAGCUGCUUCGGAGUGGUGGACCCAACACCCUUCCUCAGCCUGUGCAUCCGGGACACCUGUGGCACCCAGCAGCACCAGCCUGCUUGCACCCUGGCCGCCGCCUACGUCCACCUGUGUGCCAGGGGCUUUGUGCCCGUGGACCCGCCUCCACAAUGCGUUUGAGAUUCUGCCUGAGCCAGCACCAGGCUUGCCAAAGAUCUCAGACUCCCUCUCCCUCGGCCACAAUCCCGUCUCAUCCAGCAAGGUCAAGAUUCUCGUGUGGGGUAGAAUGAUGAACAUGAAACACCAGGAAGUCAGAGAAGAUCAGGACUGAGAUGGAUCCAGCAAAGAAGGGCUGUUAGUGAUUUUGAAAUACCUCUGGGGGCGAUGGAGCCCACACUGGUCUGGAUAAUUCUCCAUCUCCCUCAACACCUGCCCCGUGAUCCAGCAGACAGCCUGGCCUGCUGGAUCCUGCUCUGGAGAGGGGAUGCCACUUCGGAACUGUUCUUGCCUGCGCUAUUUCUUCACUUGCCCGGCUGCUAUUUCUGAAGCCUCUGCUAUAUGAGUCAGGCUGCCCCGGGUCUUCCUAGCUUGGGAUCAGCUUCCCCUGAGGGAUGAGGUUCCUUGAGGGGAACAGAUGGUCCCAAAUCCCUUAAUCAAGGCUUGGUUGGGUGCUUCCCUCUUGGCAUAGAUCCUAAUUCUAAGGCUGAAUGUUCCAGGGGACCAGUUUCCAUGGACCUGUGCUCUGGGCAUUCAGCCCCCAAGGGUACAGCCUGCAGAGUUGUUCACUUUCUUUGGGAGAAGGUGUUUCCCUUGAAAAAAUAAAGCUGGCAGAAUCCAA